CUUCUCCUCCUCCUCCUCCUCCUUCUCCUCCUCCUCCUCCCCCGCCCCUCUCCCCGCACGGCCGCGGCGGCUCGGAUGAAGCUCGUCAUCCAGCGGGCCGCCAGCGCCUCCGUGGAGGUUGACGGCGCCGUGGUCGGCAGGAUCGAGCGCGGCCUGGUCCUCCUCCUGGGCAUCGAGCAGGGGGACACCCUGGAGCAGGUGUCGCAGUUGGCCACGAAGGUGCUGAAGAUCAGGUUGUGGCCAGACGUGAAGGACCCGUCCAAGCAGUGGUGUUCGUCAGUGGUGGACAACGGCUUUGGGCUGCUAGUGGUCAGCCAGUUCACUCUCUUUGCCACCUUCAAGAAGCCGAAGCCAGAUUUUCACCAGGCCAUGGGUGGCGAUCAGGCCAAGGAACUCUACGAGGCAUUUGUGUCGCAGUGUCGCACCGCGUGUGGGGCUGAUAAGGUGGCUACCGGGGUAUUCGGCGCAAUGAUGCAGGUGGACCUGCGGAACGACGGGCCCGUCACCGUGGAGCUCGUGGCUGGGCCGCCCGCGCUGGCGCCAGCUCCCACGGCCGGCGCCGCCGCACCCAGCCCCGCAGGAGGCGGCGCGGCGGACGCCGCCUGGAGGAGCUCCUGGGGCGGCAGCCCUACGUGGGCGGCUUCCUGCCCUCCUCGCGGGACGCGGAGCUGCUGGAGAGCUUCCGCUCCUCACCGCCGGCAGCCCCUUCGACGCCGCACUUGGCGCGCUGGUUCGAGCACGUGUCCUCGUUCGCGCCGGCGGAGAGGUCGGGCUGGGCCUGAGCCCGAGCCGGCGCCUCCGCCGAGGGAGCGGCCCGGCGCCCGCGCGCACGCCGCCCGCGCCGCGCGCAGAGCCCCUCUGCCAGCGUGAGCGCCUCCUCCUCCUCCUCCUCCUCCUCCUCCUCC